UUUUUUUUUUUUUUUUUCUCUUUCAACUAUAAGACUUGUUAAACUCUUUCUGGGUUUCUUGGCUUUUGCUUUAUUUUGCAAGCACUGUUUCUGGGCUUGCUGCAAAAGAGCCUUAUAUACCCAAGAACCACUGAUAUAUGUCUUACAAGGCUUAAUAAAAAGAACAAAUUUACACAAAGUUUUGAUCUUUUCCUCAACUGUUUGUUGUCUAUAAAUUGAGUUUUCAUAUUUUUAUUCCUUUUCUACUUUGUAAAUUAUCAUCUCCUUUGAAUUUUAAUCUUGUUGAGUCAAGGAAAAAAGAGAGAGAUAUGGGCAAACAAGGACCUUGCUGUCACUGUGGAGUUACAAGCACACCUCUUUGGCGCAAUGGGCCUCCUGAAAAGCCAGUGCUGUGCAAUGCAUGUGGAUCACGAUGGAGGACAAAGGGAACACUAGCAAACUAUACCCCUCUUCAUGCUAGGGCUGAACCUGAUGAUUAUGAGGAUCACAGGGUCUCUAGAUUGAAGAGUGUGUCUAUAAGCAAGAACAAAGAAGCGAAGCUGCUCAAGAGAAAGCCAAAUUAUGACAAUAGGGUUGCUCUCGAUUACAACCAAGGUUAUAGAAAGGUUGUAGAUGAGGACACUAGUAAUAGGUCAAGUUCUGGGUCAGCCAUAUCCAACCCGGAGAGUUGUGCACAAUUUGGCAGUGCAGAAGCAAGUGAUUUGACAGGUCCAGCCCAAUCAGUUGUGUGGGACUCUUUGGUGCCUUCUAGGAAGAGGACCUGUGUCAAUCGGCCAAAGCCAUCUUCAGUUGAGAAGCUUACAAAAGAUCUAUAUACUAUUUUGCAUGAGCAGCAGUCGUCAUGCUUCUCUGGCUCUUCAGAAGAGGAUUUACUUUUUGACAAUGAAACUCCAAUGGUUUCUGUUGAGAUAGGACAUGGAAGUGUUCUCAUUAGACAUCCAAGCUCAAUAGCUCGAGAUGAGGAAUCUGAAGCUAGCUCUCUUUCUGUUGAGAACAAACAAUAUUUGACAAAUGAGGCUUAUUCUCAUCCUGUGAUACUUCCUGUACAUAAUGAAAACAAGAGUGUUAAUACAACAUAUCCUUUUACUGAAACAACUAAGAAUCUCACAGGACAAGGGAUGCAGCAAGAGCAACUUAAGAGGGACAAGUUUCCACAUGAAAAAGUACAUAUCCUGGGAAGUCAUAAUUCACCACUUUGCAGCAUAGAUUUGAAUGAUAUUAUUAACUUUGAGGAGUUUGCAAGGCACUUGACAAAUGAAGAGCAACAGCAAUUACUAAAAUAUCUACCUCCACUCGAUACUACCAAACUUCCCAACAGCAUUGAAAGCAUGUUUGAUAGCCCCCAAUUCAAGGAAAACAUAAAUUCCUAUCAGCAACUGCUUUCAGAAGGAGUCUUUGAUCUGUCCUUCUCAGAAGCAAAAACUGAAGACUGUAAAACUUUGAAAAGGCUCACACUGUCCAAUUUGUUGAAAUCCAAAUGGGUGGAGCGUUAUCAUCUUCUCAAGAAGUGUAAAAAUAGUAAUGGGAAGUCUUUCGUUGGAAAGGGACCAAAUCCAGAUGUUGUUGCAAUGAGUAAUAUAGCUGGUGCCAAAAGAUCACGUGACAGCCCUAGUCAGAAGUUUUCAGAAGUGAAGUUAAUGAAGAGCCCCAAAAGGGUUACCAUGAAGGCUACGUAUGAGAACAAAGAACUCAUAGACAAUGAUGGAUCUUGCUUUAGUCCAAGAAGCCUAUUUGCCCUGCCUCCUGAUGGUAGCUCCCUCAUGCUGGAUUCUCUCCAUUUUGUGGAUGAAAGUUCUGAUCAGGACCUGCUGCUGGACAUCCCAUCCAAUGGUUCAUUUGCACAGGCAGAGCUCUUUUACCCAACUAAUAGUUUUGGUCAACAGGCAAGCACUAGUAGUAGCUCAAUAUACCCGCACCUAGGCCGCCCCUAACAAAGUUUGUCCGGUUGAUUCUUUUAAUCACUAGGGCCAAAAAUAGAUGCACCUUCCGCUGAAUCAGGUGACUAGGUUACACAUGUUUUGGAUGCCAAACCCAACAAGUCUGUGAAUGAGGUUUGAUGGUUGCUGUUUUUUCCUUGGAUCAUUUUGAACUUGGUAUGCUAAGAGAUGACUUUUGGGUGGGUUUUUGUAUAGGUUGACUACAGAUUGUUAUAUAUGGCUGAAAAGUGAUAGCAGCUGGUGAUUUCAAGAGUUUUAUAUGCAAUUAUAGUUGCUGUAUUGCACAUUACUUUAAGAA